AUGUUACAGAGCAGAUUGGCGAAGUACAACCCGUGUGUUAGAAUUUGCACGGGAAAUAGUGAACAGCGCACUCUUUACAAUCAGCAGCAUGAACAGGACAUUCAGCGAUUUUUAGAAAAAAGUGUAAAUUUUUCCCGUCUUCCUUGUUCGGUGCAAGACGUCACACGGAGGUGUAACGGACUGUUCUUAUUUGCUUUUUACAUUGCGCAAGAACUUAACGAUUCAUUACAUUCAGGUAAGAUUGAUCAAUUCUGCGACCUUUUGCCAGGGGAUAUUGAAGACUUUUUUGAAACGAAUUUAAAACGUGUUUACGAUAAAGUGGGAGCAGAUCUGUAUGGUAAGUUAUUAGGUUGUAUCAUGAAUGCGCCAACUGCGCUUCCCGUAUCGUUUGUUUCGUUUGUUCUUCACAAAGAAAAGUCAAGUCUUAAUGAGCAAAAGGUUAUCGACACCGUUUCCCAAUUUGUGGUGAUGCAAGAGAGGGUUUCUUUUCUUCACAGUCUGAUUCCAGCUUGGUUAACAAACAAGAGAAAAGCUCAAGAGUUGUAUAUUGACCCAAAAGAGGCAGGUGGUUACCUCACUGAAAUUGUUAAGGAAAUUCUUUCUGCCUUUGUUGGCGAACCAAGACUGAAGUUAGAUCACGUUGAGAGGGAUUUACAGAGCUUUGCUCUUCAUUUUGCUUUUCAUUUGUUGUGCCAACAUGCCGAAAAGGACUCUUUGGAGCUUGUGUUCUAG